AUGAGGUAUCUCUUUUGUGACCUGUUAAUUCUAUGUGUGGUAAUUACGAGUUUUGGAAUCAAAGUAAAUUAUAUAUAUGAAUGGAAAUAUGCUGACUUCGUAUGGGAAAGUAACGAACAGAAGGAAGACGCAAUAAAUUCUGGCACGUACAAUCGUUCUGCGUGCCCGUUAUACGAUGUAGACAAAGCAGAAGAUGGUAGAAUAUUCAUUACUGCUUCGAGAGAAAUAGGUCCUGGUGCACCUGCUACCUUGGCGACUAUAACAGAUGAGAUAGGACCAGGAGGGCCACUUUUACGACCAUAUCCAGAUUGGAGUUGGCAUAAUAGUAAUUGUACGUGCGAUGGUAUUGUGAAUGUAAUGCGGAUAAAUAUUAGGUGCAAUCACAUCUUCGCUCUGGAUAGCGGUAAAAUUGGGCCAGACCAGAUUUGUAAUCCAAAACUGUUGAUCUUUAACUUGAAAGAUGAUACGCUGGUAAAAACUAUUUAUAUUCCAUUUGAUAUUGCUAGUAAUGCAACGAGUACAGGAUUCUUGAUAUCGCCAUACGUUUAUAUUCCCGGUGAAUGCACGCAUUUUCUGGAUAAAAUGAUUGUAUUCAUGGCUGAUUUACUAGGUAAAGGUUUAGUAGUGUUUGACUCAUCUACGAAGAGUAUGUGCAGAGUAGAAUCCGAUUACAUGAUACCCACUGAAAGCUUUGUUUCCAUAGCAAAUCAAAAAUGUCCUUAUGAUGGCGGUAUCUUUAGUAUAGUAACUCUUUACGAUGAACUUUAUUUUGUUACUACGCCGGGAAUGAAGAUUUAUAAAAUAAAAAUUAAAUCAUUACUAAAAUGUCCAAAUAAAAAAUUGGCUAAUGAACUAACUAAUGUUGCGAUUGAAAUACCAAGUGAUUCGGGACAAAUAGCAUCAGUAGGACAUUCAAUAUUUUAUAGUGAUUCUGAUGGUACUGCCAUUUUGGGAACGAAUGUUUUUAAAAAAUCUGAUUCAAACACGGUAACACUUGCACAAAACUAUGAAAAAUUGCAAGCUAUAAGUUCGAUAAAAGUUUCACGUUAUUGGAAUAAGCUAAUUUGUUUAUCAGACAGAUAUCAUCUUUUUGUUCUUGGUACUGUAAACUUAAAUGAAAUAAACUUCCGUUAUUUCGAAAUGGAUUUAUCAAAAGUACAAAAAAAGAUGAAUUCGAUUUCGUGA